UCUUCCCGUCCUGUUUGAUUAUUUUGAUUUGGCAAAAGCCCUUGCGGGAUUAGCAAUGAGGGAAAGCGUGGGUAUCAACGACGAGGGGAGGCUGGUUUUUAGAAAACGCAAAAGCUACCGGAUUUUCGAACCUUUCGUUGAUCAUCCCGAUCCCGACUUGCUCUCCUAUGACUAUGAAAUUCGACACAAGUACCUGAAUAAUCCAGAAGAGGUUGAGGCUGACACUGAAUUUCGAUCUUUGAAGGACAGUUAUGAUAGGCUGGGGUAUCCAUUGCCUGGCAGACCCGCUUACUUGGUCCAUUCGUUUGAGCAGAAAUUUGGUGAAGAUUUCAUUAAUAUUAAUGAAACUUUAAACUUGAUGCUCCUUAAAUUGGCUCCCUCUGUGGUAUCUCUUUGUUCAUUCAUAGAUGACAAGAGAUUAUUUACAUGUUCUGGAAUCGUAAUAGAGAGCACCAAUGGUUGUGCUGUUAUCUUGACUUCUGCUAGUUUAGUUGCAACUACAAAUGGUGAAAGUGCCCGUGCAGUCUCGGAAAAUGUCAAGAUCUUUGUGCAUUUUACAGAUGGUCCAGCUUAUGAGGCCUCUGUGAUAGGGUGUUGUUUGCAUUACAAUGUGGCAUUUGUUAGAGUUCAUAAACACCAUAAAGAUGUUCUAUCACUUCUAUGUCUACAAGGGGAAAGAAUGGAGUCGAUGCCAGAGGCUGUGUUUGCCUUGGGUCGACACUAUGUGUCUCAGGAGUUCAUGGUUGCAAGUGGUGAAUCUGUAUUUCAGAGAAAUAACUUUGAUUGUGUUGAACUUAUGUUCUCAAGUUGCAAAAUCACAAAGUGUGGUAUUGGGGGUCCCCUUGUGAAUUCCAAAGGAUACGUUGUCGGAGUCAACUUCUUCAACACAGAUGAUACUCCAUACCUUCCAAGUCUUCUUGUUCGAAGAUGUUGGGACCACAUUAAGACUUACGGGUCUGUGGUACAUCUCCAUUUCGGUUGGAGAAUCCGACCUGUUAUACAAAUGAACGCUGAGCUGUUGUAUAAUCUCUGCGAGAGUUUUGAAUUUGCAUUUGAUUGUCUUUUGGUAGAAGAGGUAGCAAGUAGCUCUCCUGCAUACAGAUCUGGAAUCAGAAAUGGUGAUAUUGCGGUUGAACUUUUUGGAGAACCUGCUGUGGCAACACCUGUACCUACUUAUGCAGAAAUUCUUCUUGAGAAGUCAAACUUACUGCUGGAGAAAGAAAAUGUCCAAGUUCAGGUAAAGAUACUGAGGAAGAGUACUCAUUCUCAAAUAGAUAGUAAAUAUCUGACAAUUGACGCUACCAAGCUCAGUAGUAGGGACUUUUACAGGUGGCCACUGCCACAGGCGGAGUGGGAGAUUAAACCAAGUGAUUGACAUAUGUUGUCAUGACAUUAUUAAGCUUCUUCAAACACUAUGUUUGGAUAGGAAAUCGAGGAAUACAUUUUUGCUUAUUUGGAUAAGAUAUCAUCCUAAUCUUGGUAUUUCUUCUGUAAUUAGACAAAUUAGUUCAAUUCCCGGAAAACUGUAAAUAGCUGAGCUCAAAGUAUCAACCACUAGUUUUUGGUAGUUAGUGUAAGGGUUUUUUUCUUCCCACAACUUCCAUCAAAAGUUUGGUACCACAACAA